AUGGCGCCCACAACGUGGACGGUGGUGGGGCGGGAGCCAGUGUGUGCGCGGCCAGCCCCUGGUGAGGUGCACCGUCAGGAGUCACGCACGGCGCUAGUCAUGUCAGAGGCCGACACCGAAGACAGCAGCGAGGCUCGCCAGCAUGAGGUGUACUUCACGUCGUCUGAGAGCGACGGGCCGCACUUCCUCAUCCACAGCACCAGCGAGGAGGACGAGGAUGAAGGCGCGAGUCGGGCCACCGCGGUCUCAGUGACGACCAUGGAGUCGCUGGCCUCCACGGACGUGGGCUCGGACUGCACUAGUGAAGGGGGCGAGCCACUGCCGGCGGUGGACGUAUCGUCCCUGGCGCCGGAGUUGGUCGCUGCGCUUGUUAAACAGGUAGAGACCUACUUCAGCGACUGCAGCCUCGCCAAGGACCUGUUCUUGCUAAAGCAUGUCAAACGUCAGCGAGAAGGAUUUGUUUCUCUAAAGCUGCUCGCCGGUUACAAGAGGAUAAAGACUAUCUCGCGUGACUGGCGAGUGUUGGCAGCGGCGCUGAGAACUUCUACGGUGUUGCAUGUUAAUGCAGAGGGCACCAAGGUCAAGCGGAAGGUGCCCUUGCCACUCACGCUGCGCAAAGAUGUGCUCACUUCGCGCACCAUAGUGGCCGUGAAUAUUCCCGCCCCGCAGGCCUCUAUGGCGAGCCUGGCCACACUCUUCAGCACUUACGGUACUGUUGCCUCCCUGCAGGUCUUCCGUCCCAAGCCUGACGGUGGCGGCGUGGCCCCGGAGCUGCAGUCAUUACUGUCUCGCGUGUCCGAGGUGGCCAGUACUACCUGCGCUGUGGUAGAGUACGAAGACGUAUGGGGUGCUGCCCGUGCUUUCCACGAGGUGGUCGACCCACCCAUGACCCUCCACGUCUUGCAUCGUUCACGCCGCAGUUCCGCGCAGGUCAACAGGACCUUGACCACACCAACACCCACUCUCACUCCGAAGGGGCGACGAAAGUCUGAUGGUGGGGUGUGUGCCGAGGCUCUGCGGGAGCGGCUGAAGGUAGGGCCGGUUAAGUACCAACAGAGACGCAUAGUGGAGUCCAGUGCCUCUGAAUGUGAUGAGGGAGCCAGUGGACGGAAGAGGUGGCGCCAUGGGUCACGUCCCGACAACCGCCAGCCACUACCACACCGGACUAGCCAAAAUCUUGUUGGCAGCAGCAGGUCCGUGCCGUCCUCCCCGGCCUCCUCCCGGCGAAAGGAGACUGUCGCCCCCCUGAGCAUCACACGCGUCCCGCGGGGUCCAGACGGUACCCGCGGCUUCUCUGGGUUCCGGCCCAUAGCCCAGUCUAGCCAUUAA